CAUUUUGCGCGGUACAACGAAGGCGCCACAAUUGCAUCCCACUAAACGAGUAAGAGAAACAUAGAAGUCAUUGGUUGAAGAUUUCAGGACCCGAAGUCUGCGUGUAGGAGGAAGAAAGGCAGGCCUACGAAGCUCCGAGAAUUCAGUGAAUGAAUUUGGGAAUUGGAUUGGCCAUGGAAGAAACCUCUGCGAUUUUCAGCUGACCACAUGUUUUCCUUCGUUUUCCAUGUUUUCACACACACUCAUGUUCUUCCAGCCACCAUGUCUUUGCAACUCGCAACUUGCUUCUAAUCCUAAAUGACAAUGGCGUCGAUGUAUUUCUGCCGCAUGCUUUUCUCUCCGGCGGGUUAUUCGGCUCUUCCCGGUUUCGUGGGGGCAGUAAACCAGGAAUUCCAGUUGAAGUUUGGACCUUCUUGUUGUAGGCUAUACAGUAUCUACAGCAGUACCCAUAAAUUUGACUUCACAGACUUGACACGCCCCCAUUCAUGGUAUCCAAAUGCACGAAGGAAACACCGCAAAAUUUUUCUGCACAUGGGUCCAACAAAUAGUGGCAAAACUCACAAUGCUUUGAAGAGGCUUGAAUCAAGUGAUUCUGGUUUAUAUUGUGGUCCCCUGAGACUGUUGGCCUGGGAAGUCUCAAAGCGGUUGAAUAAGGCUAAAAUCCCUUGUGAUCUGAUCACUGGACAAGAAAGAGAGGAAGUUGAUGGUGCAAAACAUAAGGCUGUUACUGUUGAGAUGGCUGAUGUAACCUCCAACUACAGUUGUGCUGUUAUCGAUGAAAUUCAGAUGUUGGGAUGUAAGACAAGAGGUUAUUCAUUUACACGUGCACUACUUGGAAUUUGUGCUGAUGAGCUUCAUCUUUGUGGAGAUGCGGCUGUUGUACCCCUUAUUCAGGAAAUUCUCAAAGUAACCGGUGAUGACAUUGAGGUGCAAUACUAUGAGAGACUUUCACCUCUGAUUCCAAUGAAAGUUCCACUUGGACCGUAUUCUAAUAUUAGGAAGGGUGAUUGCAUCGUCACCUUUUCACGUCGUAAAAUAUAUGCUUAUAAGAGAAAAAUUGAAAGCGAGGGUGGACAACUUUGCUCUGUAGUUUAUGGUUCACUACCACCAGAAACUCGAACGAGGCAGGCAACGAUGUUCAAUGAUACAACCAGUGAGUUUGAUGUGCUGGUGGCUAGCGAUGCCAUUGGAAUGGGUCUUAAUUUGAACAUCUCGAGGAUCAUAUUUUCAACUAUGGAGAAAUUUGAUGGUUUUGAGAUGCGGGAUCUCACUGUACCAGAGAUCAAACAGAUUGCAGGUAGAGCGGGCAGGUACGGAUCCAAAUUUCCCAUUGGUGAAGUAACAUGUAUAAAUGGAGAUGAUUUGCCCUUGCUUCAUUCAUCGUUGAAGUCCGCUUCUCCCACUAUAGAGAGAGCUGGGAUAUUUCCGACUUUUGAACUCAUGUAUUUAUACUCCCGUCUACACCCAGAAAAUGGCCUGCGGCAGAUACUGGAGCACUUUGUUGAGAAUGCUAAAUUAUCUGAAAAUUAUUUCAUUGCUGACUGUGAAGAAAUGCUGAAAGUUGCGGCCGUCCUUGAUGAGAUGCCUCUCAGUUUGCAUGACAAGUACCUUUUCUGUAUAAGCCCUGUGGACAUGGCUGAUGAAAUUACAUCCCAAGGUCUUACACAGUUUGCUACAAAAUAUGCAAAUAAAGGCGUUGUUCGGCUACGAGAAAUAUUCACAGCAGGAACGCUUCAAGUGCCAGAAACACAAGCUGCACUGAAGGAGCUGGAAUCCGUUCACAAGGUGUUGGAUCUCUAUGUUUGGUUGAGUUUCCGACUGGAGGAAUCAUUCCCGGACCGCGAACUGGCAGUUUCACAGAAGUCAGUCUGCAGCAUGUUGAUUGAGGAGUUUUUGGGAAGACUAGGAUGGCAAAGACCAAGAACAAGGCAAUUGAAGUCGAGUAUCCGCUCAAGGUCCCUCCUAUCCUCUGGUGUUAAACGACGUCUCUGAGACACUAAUUCCAUAACAGUGGCUCAAAAAGCUGAGAACUAUCAAACAUUUUCUUUAUCACGCUAAUGUAUUUAUAUAGAACAGAGCCUCACCAAGCAAAAAGGUUGUUUCUUUCUACAUUUUGACCCUUCCAAUUAGACGUAGGUUAUCUUAUUUAGUUACCGUAUGAAUCCUUCUGGUAAAUCUGGAUACGUGAGUGAAUCUGUUUACCUUUUAUUUUACAUUGCGGAUACAAACAAAAUGAUUUUUGUAUACGCCUUCCCAACAAUAUUUCAUUUUUUCUAAGGAAAUACGUGGGUGUAAUUUAGAAGC